GAAGAAAAAAAAAAAUUAAAAUUGUCCCUUUUUAUUGUUAGUGUUUUUCUGGAUUUAUUAUUCGACGGCCAUGGUUAAGUCAGUUUGAGUUUUCACUUGUAAGAGAAGCACACUCAAUGAAAGUAGAGAAGAUUUUGUACAAGGAUAAAUCAGAGUACCAAGAAAUUCUGGUUUUUGAGUCCUCUACAUAUGGGAAAGUUCUUGUGCUUGAUGUCAUUGUUCAGUUGACUGAGAAAGAUGAAUGUGUCUAUCAGGAGAUGAUAGCUUAUCUUCCCCUUUGUUCAAUUCAAUCCCCCAAAAACCAAAACUGUAAUUUUCAUAAAUCAUGGGUUUUGGUUGUAGGUGGUGGUGAUGGUGGAGUUCUUAGUGAAAUCUCUCGCCACAAUACUGUGGAGCUCAUUGAUAUUUGUGAGAUUGAUAAGAUGGUUAUAGAUGUAUUAAAAAGUUUUUUUUUUCCCCCAAAGUUAGCUAUUGGCUUUGAGGAUCCUCGUGUGCAACUGCAUAUUGCUGAUGCUGUUGAAUUUUUACGGAAUGUACCUAAAGGAAAGUAUGAUGCAAUUAUUGUUGAUUCAUCAGACCUUGCUGAUUUAGAUUUUCAGCUAAGUUAUCAUAAAUUCAAUGAGUCUCAAAGAGAACAAGCAGUUCUGAAGAGAUUGCAACAGGGUGAAAUUGUGGCCCAAAUCUGUGAUGCAGGAACACCAGGCAUAAGUGAUCCUGGUAUGGAAUUGGUUAAGUUAUGUGUGGAUGAAAAUAUUCCUGUUAUUCCUACCCCUGGUCCUUCUGCUUUUGUUGCUGCACUUUCUUCCUCAGGGUUGGCUACUGACGAGCUUACAUCUGUUGGAUUUCUGCCCAAACAUGCCGGAUCAAGGAAGGAGAGGUUGAUUGUAUCUGCAAAGGAAGUAGCAACACAUAUAUUCUAUGUUCCUCCUCAUAAGCUUCAUCAAUUUAUUGAAGAGGCUUCUUCUAUUUUUGGUGACUGUAGGUAA